AUGAAGAUUCUUCUCUUGUUAUUUAUUCUACUCUUCUUUGAAAUCACAGUUUUACCAGCCAAAAAGAAAUACCCCCAGUAUGGUAGCUUGGAUUUAAGGAGAGAGUGCAGAGAGGGCAAUGGUCGAUGUAAACUUGUAUGCCAUGAAAAUGAAGUUAGAAUUGCUUACUGCAUCAGACCUGCAACUCACUGCUGCUUACAGAAGUAA